UUGGAGGACUUCUUGAGAAAGAGAAUUCACUGUGAAAAAAAACAGAGUAUGACGAUAAAAAGACGGGAGGGAGAGGCAGCCACUCAGGGGAGAAAGAGAGGGGGUGUUGAAGAGGAGGAGGAGGAGAGAGUCUGAGAAACAGCUUAAAACAGUGAGAACUGCAGACAUUCGUGAGCACAUGGAAAGAACCAGAGCAGCGGGAACAAAGAACUUUAAGAAAACAAACUAAGCAUCAUUGAAAGAGACAUGGGAUCACUUUGUGGGAACCUGGCUGUACUUCUCCUCUUCCUCUCACCUCUAAUGCACUCCCACCUCUCUGCUCAUGCUUCUACAUCUUCCCCACCCGUCACUCGAAAGAAGAUCAGAAUUAUGAAAGACUUCACCUUGGUUAACGUCAGCACUGAUUAUGAUGACUACAGUAUUGUUCCUGAAGUGGUGCCCUCAGUUAAAAUUCCCCGUUUGUACAAUGAAGUCGGGACUACAGAGUGUAACUAUGAUUCCUGCCUGGAAAAUCAGGAGUCCUGUGAAAAGAUCCAAGCCAGAGAAGGGUGUCUCUGCCCUGGGAGGAGUGAUGAGGACAGGCGUCCUCAUGCUCCACGUAUAAAAGCCCUGCAGCCAAUCUCCACAGGGGAAAACGCAGGGAAGAUAGAGGUGUGGUGGUGCGCUCCUGAGUCAGUUGUUUCCUCCUACAAGGUGAUUGUAGAGGGAAGUGGCAACGAUUUGGAGUUUGGAAAUGGUGCCCGACGAGGCACGCUGGGAUAUUUGGAGGUGGGGACAAAGGUUUGUGUGGAAGCAAUAAACAAAGCAGGACACAGCAGUAACUCGGACUUCUCCUGUAAGCGGUACGAACGCUCUGAAUCUUUGGAGCUCAAACUGCUGGCUGGGGUCAUAGGAGGAGGAAUUGUCUUAAUUCUGCUUCUUAUUAUAGUAGUUGUGGUCCUCUGUAGGAGAAAAAUAUGUCAGAAAGCACAGCGGGACUCAGUCAGUGGACUGGGAAAUCCCACUUACAAAUCAGAAAGAGUAUCAUGAUCCAGACAAAAGAAAUGAGGACAGUUGAAUCCAGUCAAGUUAAUUAAUAACAAAAGAUUAAUAGUUUUUAAUGGUGUGUCUUAUAACGAACACAUGGUUUGAACUCCUGCUUCAAAGAAUCUGCACACAAUCAUGCAAAAAUCAGUGAAAUAUGACUAACAUUUGUUGUUUUGUUGUUAGUUUUACAGGUUUGUUUGCAGGCGAAUUAACCUUAGUCGAUUAAUUUUACAAUAUUUUGUUGUUAUUUUAUUGUUAAGCUUACAUAUUAAUUGUGUUUUUUCUAGAGAGCUGACUGAAAUUGUUUUAAUAAAAUUAUUUUUAUAAAAGUCGGCGUAUGAGUGAUUUGAUUUCUGUGAAAAUGGCAUUGCAGUGUUCAUUUAUUUGUUUGUGUACAUAAUCAUUUAACAUAACUUAAAAGAUUGAGCUCUGCAUAAACUGGGGUAUUUUGCUUCACAUCCUGAUGCACACUCACAUGCACCAUUAUAGUUCUCUAAAAAUGGGUUUUGACUGGAUUUUAAAAAAUGCGUAUAUAAAAUGCAGGACAUUUUAAAUUAAAAAGUGUUUCAGUAAUUCAUUUUAACCCCUUAAAGAUGGGAUAUUAAACUUUUAUCUUUUCUUUUCAUGGUUUUUACAUAUUUGUUAAAACUGUCAUUAUGUGCUGACAUGAGAUAAAGCUCUGGAUUUUUAGAUUAAGUUCAGGGUCCCUCCAGAAACUCCUCUCUUUUCACACUUUAAACGGUUUGUUUUACUCUAUUUUUAUUGUCAGGUAAUACCAUCAGACUUGUUGCGGCUUUUAAUUCC